UUGAAGCAUAUACUAUUUAGGUUUUAAAGUGUAUUUUCUAUUUUCACUCCAAUUUCAGUGUAUUUAUUGGACUUUGUUGUCAUUUUUUGUGUGUGGUAUUAAGAUAAAACCUCUUGUUUUUUUCAACGUAAUACCCCCCUGUCGGCAAAAAACCGCGAAAACUUUUGAUAUCAUCGGGCUUUUUCCUUCUUUAUACCUUGUAAAAGUAAAGGUAAAAACCCGAUGGUAUGCGGAAGUUCGCGGGGUUUUCAGAGAAACGCUCAUUUACAACUGAAAAUGGCUAAGCGUCCUAAUCCAUCUACAUCUUCAUCAGAGGAAAUUGUUGGUUAUUUGCAUGACAUUUCGCCGAUAAAGACAAGUAAAAAUAACACAAGAUAUUUCAACGCAACCCUGCAGAACAGAGAUGAAUUCCAUAGACUUGUGUGUUUCUCGCCGGACAAGCUGAGUGCUUUCACAAAUGCAGAGAAAAUGAAAUCUCCACUGAAACUUACCAACAUAGCCAUGGUUCCAUCUGUAACUGAAACUGGGAAAAUAGACAUUAAAGUCUCUAGAUUUUCGAACCUGAACAUUGUGGACAAGCUUCCAUUCAAAAGACGAAAAUUAGAUUUCGACGACAAUGUUUCAAAUCUGGAUGAGUUAAAGAUAUCACAUCAAACGGUCUCUGUUUCUGCUAAGGUUACUGGUGUAUUUGCUGAACAAGAAACAGUUGAUGUAUAUGGUACAUCAAAAGAAAAGAAGGAAUUCAUUAUUGCAGAUAGCACUUCAGCAAUGCCAUUGGUGCUAUGGAACGAGCAAAUUGAUUCGGUUCAGAGGAAUGAAUGUUAUAAUUUCAAAAAUGUUUCAACCAGAAUAUUUCAAGAUAAUAUAAAAUUAUCAGCCACAACAAGGACAGUCAUCAAACAUAUUCAACCAAUGGAAAAUAUAACAACAAACCUGCUUCAUAUCAAACUUCCGACGACAGUAAUUGGGAAAAUCCACCAAGUUUCACUCAAUAAAACUUACAAGUGUGGAUCAUACUCAAAAAAUGUAAUGGAAAAUGACAUAGGCAAAGUCACAACUAAAUGUACUUCCUGUUCAAUGAAACAAAGAAAUGAAUCUUUAAAAGUUGUUUCAAUAUGCAAAAUAAAUGUUGUAGAUGAUUUGGACAGCAGCCUAUCAACAAAACUGACCCUUUUUGAUACAGAGUUGAAAGCAUUUCUUACUACUAUAGAUAAAGACGAGCUCAUAAAUCAAACAGAUGAUUUUGAAGAUUUUAUGCUGACCUUACCAAAACUGAGACUGACACAUGCUUAUAAUAUAGUUGCCAGCAUCUGCAUCCAGGAAGACUAAUUUUACAAUAUGCUGGAGAUAUGAUAUAACUUUGUCCUUUAAAUUUGUUAGUUUUGUUUUUUUGAGGGAAAAAAAUGAUAAUUAUUUUUAUUUAUUGAACAUGAACUUGGGCAAGACGCUAACUUUGGAUUUUAUUGAUUUUUUUUUACACUUGUUUAACAGGAAAUAAACGUGC